UGGUGUUAGAUUUGGCUGAUCUGGUUGUAGGUCCCCUUGGUGUAUUAUGGGGGAACGUUUUGUAAUGUAAGUCGCCAUGUUUUGUGUUUAGUAAUGUGUCAUUGAGGAAAGGAAAUAAAUUAUUAAUAUUUUUUACUUCAUUGUGGUGAAAAUUUUAUCAAUUUUUUCAAACUGGAUAGGCUACCCGAAUACCUCCGCGAUACUGUGGAUUGGUUUAUGGGGAAAGCCCGCCGCAAGGACAAAGAGCCGUCAACCCCGUGCCCCGAUGACCCAAAGCUGUACCUGGAGGAGGCUGUUCUAGACCGAAAGUUGCCGGACAUCGAUCUGCGAGUGUUGGUGGACCUGCCAGCCGGCCUCGACUACAAUGAGUGGCUCGCCUCGCACACCAUCGCGUUCUUCGAUCACAUUAACCUGGUGUACGGAACCAUAUCAGAGUUCUGCACCAUGUCUGGCUGCCCGGACAUGACCGGCCCUGGAUACAGGACAUACCUGUGGUUCGACGACAAAGGCAAGAAGACGCGCGUGGCAGCUCCACAGUACAUAGACUACGUCAUGACCUUCACGCAGAAAACAAUCAGCGACGAGAGUAUUUUUCCCACAAAGUACGCUAACGAGUUCCCCAGUUCGUUCGAGAGCAUCGUGCGCAAGAUCCUGCGGCUUCUCUUCCACGUGUUGGCGCACCUGUAUCACUGCCAUUUCCGGGAGGUGGUGCUGCUCAACCUGCACGCCCACCUGAACUGCGUGUUUGCGCACCUGACGCUCUUCAACGACCGCUUCCAGCUGAUCGAGGCGAAGGAGACGGAGAUCCUGCAGGACCUGGUGGUUGCCCUGAGGGUGCUGUCCCCGCAGGAGGCAGACGCCUGCGCCUCGAGUGCCAAGGACUCUGACGGCGAGGGGGCCGACGAUGCUGCCGCGGACGAACGCUGACGAGACCGGCCGUUGUUGAGAGUUGUUGUUGUUGUUACGCGAGCACGGUGGGCAUUUCCAGGUGUGCAGUAGUUAGCGGGUGCCAGUAUCGGUACUUAUAUCUCUCUCAUUCCCGCCAGCCUGGGCACUCAGAAACAUCUGCAAUCUUGUGUGCAGUGUUACUUACACAUGGAAAUGCUUACUUAUUGCCUCACUGUUAUAUAUCAAAAUGUUGAGUAUUAUAAAUAAUAAAAAUAUAAAUAACUUAUAGAAGCAGUGUUGAGUGUUCGCUGCUAUGUACAGUGUAGUAUAGAGAGUUCCGUUGUCAGUUGCCAGUUGUCAGGUGAUGUUGACUGUGCUGAGGAGGCGGUGGGAGCUGCAACGUUCUGCUCACUUGGCAACUUGCAUGUUGCAACACUGCAGUUAGGAGUGUACCGAGUCUUCUUCGCGAGUUCGUUUAGGCAGUCGUAAAAUAGACAGUUAAUCAUUCAUAAUAGCGGGAGAUAGGAAGCUAUAAUCUUGAAAGUUGGUUCGUAUUUUAAAUUAGUACCAGAUGUUUAGGAAACUUCAUCAUACAUUUUGAGAGCCUGAAAAUAAUAUUUAGAAAGAUAAAACCUUUUUAAAUUUUAUUAUUACUUUUCUACAUUUAGGAAUUUUAUAGUUUAAAAGUUUUUAUUUUCUAAUUGUUACAUGUAACUGAUAUUUUCUUUGUUUUUCACUAUUUUCACAAUGAGUUUUUUUUCUAAUGGAUUUUAUUUUUCAUAUCUAAAGCUUUUGUUCUCCGAAUCUUUCUAAAACAUAAUCUCACUUUAAUUUUUAGAUGUGUUACUACUUAUAUGUAUUGCAAUCAGUACACUUAAAUUACACGCUUUUUAAUCAACUAAUGUUCAUGGCAUACAAGACUGGAAGUCUUGCCUGAUAAAUAUUAUGAAAGGUUUUAGAGAUUAGGUGGUGCCACUGCCUUCGCACUAAACUGGCUUUGUAGUUGGGGUUGUAGGCAAUGUAAGUGCUGUGUCAGCUUGUUGUUUACAGCUGUGCUGUAUUUCUUUAAGAGUGUUGUGGUCACUCUCUCUUGAAACUAACUAGAGAUUGUGUUGCUGGCUCAGUUCCUGUGGACUCUAGAUACCUCUUUGUUAGAAAUGUUGGAAAAUAACAUGUAUAAUUUCUGCUUGUAGCAUCUAUAUUUUUGCUUGUAGCAUUAAUAUAGCAUUAAUUAAAAUAUCGAAACAGCACGACAUGUAAAUAUUUUGCAAAUUGUUUCAUUGUGUAGGUUUGUAGCCUACACAUUAGAAAAGAAACUAGGUAAAACUGAGAUUAUUUUUUUUUCAUUAUAAAAAAUCAUGAUUUUAAACAAAAAAUAAUUAGUAUCUUGUGAAUGAUGGCAUUAUUGAGUCAUUAGAUUGAAUAAUAUGCUUAUGAUAAGACAAGAAAGGUGGACUCUAUGGAAGACAACUUUGUUUAUUGUCCGACCCACCCCAUCAAAAGAAAAAAAAUAUAAGACUGGCAAUUGCCUUUGGAGUUUUUGGGAAGAAAAAAGCUAACAUGCCACUGAGUGGAAGAACUAGCUGCAGAAUAGAGAACAACGUUGAUGUUACCCACUAAAGAAACUAUACAUUUUGCUUAAAUAUCUGUUAACAAAGCAAGUUGUCUCUUAUUGCCUUUUGGCACUAAUACAUGUAGGUUAUUCAAAAUAACUGCUUUUCAUUACAUUUGUGUAUAUUUUCACAUCAUUAUUAUUUUUUUAAACUACAGUGACCCUGCUAUGUUUUUUUUUUGAAAAGAUUUAGAAAUAACUGAGGUUACAAGCAGAAAAUAUUAAUAAAAACUAACAUUCUUAACUCUUAUAUUAUAACAACAUACAUGGCAUGUUUGCAAAUUUUUAUAACAUCAACAUACUUCUAACCUACAUUCUCACCAAUCUAAAAGAAAAUAUAAAUUUUGUGGUAUAUUUAAAAAAGUCCUUAUGAACCGACAAAUUGAUUGUUUUUUAAACAAUCAAGAUCCUAUGAAAGUAAAAAUUUAUGUCAAAAUCUGCUAAUUUUCCUGCUGAGGUUCACAAAAACAUGUUUACAUCUCUGAGGUAAAAAAAUUUACGGUGAUCCCUCUUGAAGGAACUUUGUUUUUUAUAGUAACUGUGAAAAUUUUUGUUGAAAAAUUUAAAAAUUAGAAUAAUAUAGGUGAAAAGUAAUUUUCUUGCAAUUAUUUUGAACGGUACUCAUUCUGAUUCUCUUUCUGAGUGUUGCCUGUAGCACGUGUUGUGUACACAAGGUCACCUAUGAACUUUAUUCCAGAAACAUUUAUAUUUACAAAACUUUUAAAACAAACAGUUUUUUUCUAAAUGAUCUUUUGUUAUGAUAUACAAUUAAUAAUCUGUAGAGAGAGGCAGGUGAGUUGGUACAAACAUGUUUAUAGGUAAUCUGUUUUGGUAUUUAUAACAUGUUUAAUUUAAAUGGGUAUAAGUUACCAACAGAUCUGAACUGUAGGUCUAUGACUGCUUUCUGCCAUUUUAACUGAAAUGUAGCUGUGGCUGUUUUUUGAUUAAAGAAUUAGUGCCUGGCACCGUCGAGUGCACAGUUCAGGCGGGAUGUGUAGCAAGGACCACUGCCCUGCAUGUGAGAUAACAUCAUGACAAAUGUGCACUAUGUAAGUGGUUUGGGUUCUAGGGGUGCACAAACACCAUUUUUUUUUUUUCAAAUUGAAUGAAAGUGGAAGAUGAAGAUCACUUAAAUAUUUUGAUUCAUUUAGAAAAAUCCAUAGACUCAACUUUGAGUGCUUGAAUGUUUAUUCAGUCAGCACACCCUGCGUACCAUACACUAUAUAAGAACAAUGUAGGAAACAUUUAGUAAGUAAACCAACCGCCACUGCAUGCAAAUAAGAAGCAAAAUUUGUAAAACCAGAAAUUACUUAUGUAUUAGUAAGAUUAACUUAUGAAGUACUUUAAAAUGUGAACACAUUACAAUUAGGUAUUGAAUAAUUAUAUGAAGCAAGUUUUUAAAUAUCUUUGAAACAGGUGGUUGUGCAAAUUCUGACACCAGGUCAGGAAUUUUGCAUUCCCCCCCCCCCCCCCCCUCCUGUUAAAUGUAUACGUUUACAAUACCCAAUAAACAUUAAAAGUCUUAUUAUUUUGUAUGAAUAAUUUUGGAGUCUUUGUCACACUUAAUGUAUAGUUUAAAUGAUCAAACAAUUGAACAUCUACGUGCCCUAAGUCAAUUCUGACUUCUAUACGUGUGUUGUGCAACUGCAGCUAAAUUUUAACAAACCAAUAGUAAUGUGUCCAAAAUGGUUGUAGUGAAAGAAGUUCCUUUGUUAAUAGUAAGGAUGCAUGAGUACCAUUAUUUUAAUGUCAAGUUGAAUAGUGUAAAAAAAAAAUUAGUUUUAAGUUCAAUAAUAAAAAAAAAACUACUAUUAUUUUCAAUUUGAGUGGUCAGGGACUUUUUAAUUUUUUUUUCCAUUUUUAUUUUAAGCGUAACUAACAGGAAAUAGUGGCACUAACGUACACACUGUACAUAGUAUAUCAUGAUGGUUUUUAAAUCUCUGUCGUAGUGAUAACUGCAUAAUAGCCUACAGUCCCUAUCUGCAGUAUUUAGAUUCACAAAAGAAUUUGACAACUGUAAUAGCUAAUUUAGCUAUUUGAAUUUUUCUUACAAAAAAAUGUAAGCAACUAGUAUAUAUUAAUAAAAAAGUAUAAUUAACUCUUUCAAAUUAUAUAUUGAAGCACAAAGAAACUAAAAUAUUUUUGUUCAGUUGCAUAAGACUUUAAAUUUAGAAUGUUAAUUUAGAACAUAAAACUGAAAAAAAAAAAUAAAAAUUUGUCACGUCAUCACUAUCAUUUUAUUGCUAUUUUAAAUAUUCAAUUGAUGCCAAAAACAGUAAAAUGAAAGAGAUUUAGAUACGUACUGAAUUAAUCUUAUUAUUUAAAUGGAACCAUAAUAGAAUGAAAGAAAAUUAAAUACUUGGCAAUGCAUUUUCUCACCCAAUACAAUUUUAAGAUAGUAAAAUGUUACUGAAAAGAAGUGAUUAAUUAAAUAAAAAUAUAGUAUUUUAGUAAUUUUUAAUUAUUACCCGAGAUGAUUUGUUAUAAAAAAAUGUAAACUUAUGUAUUAUGUACUAUGUUGCAGAAAACAAAUUCAAAUGUAAAUAAAUUUUGUUGACUUAAAAUACAUAUUACACUUCUUAAAUUAAAUUUUCAUAAAUGCGUCCCACUUAAUGUGCAGUAAAAUAACAAAAUAAAAUAUAUUCACCAAAAUAUGAACCACACGAAACACACACUAUUAGUAAUAAUAAUUUUGAAGAUAGUUACAAAUUAGGAUAGCAGCAGAAUUAUUUGUCUGAUACACAAUUAUAAACUUUAAAUGAAACAAUCCAAAACAUCUUCAUACAAGUCCCACUGAGAAUUAACAAGCUAUCAUAUCAGAAAGUAAGUUCAUCUACAUGGCGAGGCAAGAGUUGCUCUCUUCGCCAGGUGACUAUGUUCCCAGCUGUUGAAAAAACCCUCUCACUCGCCACCUUGUGAUUGUAAUUUGUCUCAUUAAUGGCAGCUUUCAUGUUGGUGGCAUUGUUUGUGGUGAUGAAUAUUUUUAUAGGACUUGGUUCAGUAAGUGCUUCCACACAUGUCGGUUAACACUCGUGGAAAUUCUCUCCUGUGUGAGAUUCAUGCGCAACAAUGUUUCCCAGAGUAAUUUCCUUGUAUUCAAAUUGAUGUAGGUAGUGGCAGGUUAGUGACGUAUAACCAUCACUUGCUCUUGAUGUUCAGUUGUCAGUUAGAGCAACACACACUGAUGCUGUCUUAAUCAAAUUGUGUUGGAGUAUGAACUGAAACUUUCUCUUUCACAAUGAUAUAGUUCAGGAAUAAUAUUCCGGGAGAGUGUUGUAUUCACUGAUAUUGGAUAACUUGAUUCAUUGUAAUCAUUUUGGCAAUCUUUGUAUUUAUUGUUUUUGCUUCUUUACAGUGUACUGGUAAUUUCAUUAAGGAUUGUACCGGUUGUUGCUUGCCUUCAUUUGAUGUAGAUGAGGCGGCUGCAGACGUCCGACUGUUUCAAAAACUCCCGGUACUGGGUGAAGUGGUGAUGGGAAAGAUGAUUUUUGAGAGUUGUGGUUGCUCUUGAAACAAAUAAUUUUUUUUCUAAACUAUAUUUUGGUAAUUCAGGUGGAUCUGAAAUAAUUCAAACACUCAUAGGCCUUAUUUUUUGUAUUAUAAAACACAAUAAAGGUAAGAAUUUAUGAAAGAAGGGCUUUCUGUAGUAACUAAUCCUACCCAUAUCACAGGCUUGUAAAAAUACAUCAAUUUCAUUUUAUUUCAUGUGGGCCAAAUGAGUUCAUUUUUAUUUGAAUAGGACUUUAAUUUUUAAAAAAAAAAAUAUGUAUUACUAAUGGAAUUAAUUAAAAUAAGUCAUAAUUAGAGGUUAAGUUAAAGUGUACUAACCUGUUGGUGUUUUAAGUUUCUGUGGACAAUGCAAACAUUUUGCAUAAUGCCACCUUUGAAAUAUUGACACAAAAAACUGCGCAUUCUCUGUGAUGUUUUAAAUCCGGUCAUAAUUAUAACACUUAUUGUCAUUCAACUCAAAACGCUUUUGAUGAUAACAAUACAAAUAACCCUGAAAAUCUGUGCCAUGAGGAGGUGUUGAUACAUGACAAAACCAGAGAUAUUGCUAAUCGAUAUGUGGUCGAGAGAUUGAUAGUCGUAAUAUAACCGUUCACGGUUGAAAACUUUCGACUUGUGUUCAUACAAACUGCCAUCGUGCAGUUUGAGGACAGAUAAAGUUAAAAGUUAGUUGUCUGUUUACCGUGAAACACAGUCCUUAACGAGAAGUGUUUCAGUGUAAAUAUUUAUGUAGUGAUUACUUUUAAAUACUUGAAAUUCUUGAAAUUUAUUUCAAAUAUUAGCAGGUAUAUAAUGAUAAACGUGGUUACGUGCACAAAGAAGAUGAAAUGGAUUAGUAUUAUUUUCUUUGGUAAAGGCAAAAUCAUUAAGUAGUAUGUUAAAAGUUUUUGUGUAAAGACUUUAUUCUCCCGUAAAACUGCUUGUGUUUUACUUUGUGUGUGUGUGCGCCUGAAAUUAGUGAUCAUGAUGUCAUGUAUUAUUGAUCACGAUGAUAUGACCUUGACAUAGAAAAAUGUCAGAGAUACAAUACUGUUAAUUAAAUUUUUUAUUACAUGUAAGGCCAGGAUUUAUGAUACAAUGUUAUGGACAGUGGUGACAGCUAAUAAAACUAAACUUCCGUAGGCUAUUGUAGUAGCUAUCUGAAUGAAUAAUAAAUUAUUUUUUUUCAAAAUGUUAAAUCAUAUAUACAAUUUGAAUUCGAUAUUUUCAAGUACUCGCAAACCCCUAUACAUCUUGUACGAUGUUCUCGCAUUUAAUGCUUGUUAUUUUCUAUCGCUGCCUUGGAGGGCGAAAAGAAAGAGAGAGAUAUAGUGAUGGCCAGUGAGUGAUUGCUGAUCAUGCAAGACACAAAUAUUGCACAAUGGCACGGAGUUAUUCAUGGCAGUAACAGCGUAGGACUAAAUAUACUUUCAAAUAAUUUUCUAAACAUUUACAUACUUUCUUGUGCUUUCACAAUCUAAACUCUGAACUCUGGGGUUGGAUCCGGUGUUAGCAUUAAAAUAGUGCCAAUAUGUAUACACAUUUCCAAUGGGGUUAUUAAUAAUAUUUUUUAAGCUAUCAUAAACCCAUUGAUUCAUGUUAAAUGAGUGUUUCAAUUAUUAAAGGACCCUAAGAAUUUCCUAUUGCUGUCAUGUGUGAAGUUGCACUUCUGAUGGGUGUGGUGGCCACACACCAAUGUGUUUUAACAAUUUAAAAAGUAGGCAUUCUUCACAAAUUAUCAUAUUGCCGUGAUAAUAUAUACCUACGUAAUUUACAUUUGCUUGGUACACACACAUAAGGGUAACUGUAAAUAAUCAUUGGGUAACCAGUACAUCACGUAGUAAACAUACCUACUAAGUCCUGAUAGCUAACAUAAAGUUGCUUGCUGGGUUUAGCUAGCGACAAGCAAAACAAAUUCCAAUACAAUUGUCUAGAUCACAUAUAACAUUACUGCCAUCUAUUGGCAUUAGGCACAACUUCCAGAGUCCAUUGACUGGUAUGCCAGCUUGUGGAAUUUUUAAUUUGAUUGUUUUUAUACUUUACCAACCAUAUUUUUUGAUAUCACUCCAGUCUUUUUACUAUUUUCAUUUCUGUUAAUUAUUUGCAUGUAAAAUUGAAGGUAGUUUUAUUAUUAUGCCAACUAAGUAUAACUUCUAACACACGUACACACCCAUUUUUUUUAGUAUUAUUUAACUUAUGUGUAGGGAAAAAAAUGAUGCUCUCUUUUCACGAUAACAUGAGACUUAUUUGACCGAUCUUUAAAAGCAAUCAGCCUUUGAUACCUCAUUAUUCUCACCAGACUUACUAAUUACUAUGUAUACAUAUUUAUUUUGUUAUGCAAUAAGAAUAUCCAUGUACAUACCUAAUUUUAAAUGUACAAUGAAGACCUGCCAAAAAUGUCUCCCCAUAUCUGGAACAGAAUAUAGUGAUAGAUAACGAAUUCUUUUUAUAGUGCCUCCGUGCUUGUGUGAAAGGUGCUGACGAUGCCUGUAAUUAUUUUUUUUUUACCUGCUGACAGUUCUAAUUCAUUUUAAGAGCUUGAGUGACUCUCUUUCCUUUAAAAGGCAGUUAUCAUACACAGAGGAUGGUAUUUAUGUCUCAAACAACAACUUGCAAUUCAGCUUUUAACAUAUUCUGCUCUAAGAAAAAUUCUUCGGAAUCUUAAAAGUUUUUUUAGUUUUUCCGAAGCUUUGCGUAACCCUAUUGAGUUCUCAACUGUACAAUAAUAAAUGUUUAUAAUCUUGCCUCCUUCACUAGUAUUUCAGGCAAACUAUCAUUCGGAAGGGUGCAAAAGUAGUUGUGCCGUCUCUGGCUACUUCCUUUGCUCAUUUUCAGGACAACAGAAUCUGCUUAGCACGUAAACAUUAUGAUACCCACCGCUCUCCUGCCCUGUGUUAGUGGCUUACCAUGACUGGAUAAGUAAUAAGUAGGCCUUUGUAAAUAUCAGUUGUUUUUUUUAAUUGCAAAUGAAUAUUAAAUUCGAUUUUAAAUAAUUAGAAAAUUUGAAUUUAACUAAGUAUAUAUUUUUAUUAUAUCAAAAACAAUUACGUAAGGAAAGGAAAUAGUAAAUAUGUAGAGUAGCAGCUUCUGGGAGAUAGGCAAAUAAAUAUUAAGUGAAAGGUUGGUUAGAUUAAGUGAGCUACAAUAGUAGGUACAUAAAUCUUUUAAAAAAUUUUAAAUAAAAAAAAUGGUUUUUAUUCAGCUAACCUAAUCUUAUGUAAACAACCUUUCACUUGAGUUAUUAUUCACCUUAUUUCACAAAGCAGCUACUCUACAUAUUGAUUGAUCCAGGUAAUUUCAGCAAGCUGCAAAAUAUAUCCCAAGGCAAAUGGCAAAAUACAGCAAUAUCUGAACCAUUUCACCAAAACAAAUGUGAAAUUUUUAAUGUGCUUUAUUUGGGAAAUAGACACACAUUAAGUUUAUUUUAACAAUUUAAAACAUUGUUAUUCACAGCUUUUGGUUAUUGGUGGCCAGGUGAACUCUAUUAUGUACAAAUUAUUUUCUGCCAAUUUACCCUGUAAUCCGGAACCAUACUUAUGUUUUUUUUUAUUUUGUUUUUGAGUCCCAAUAUUAAUUUAGUCAUAUAUAAAUAGAGCAAGUUAGUUCCCACUGUGUUGCAAGUGGUAUAUUGAUCAUGAAUAUAAAUUUAUACACCAUUGUAACUAUCACACACUCUUCUUUUGAUAGCCAUCGCAAAGAGGAGCUUGUAUUUAGUGUUGUAGUCAAUAGUCUUUCGUGUUUCCUUACUUUUUCCUACUAAUGCGUGACAGAAUAAAUACAAUAAUACUUUGUUUUCAAGUUUAAAAUAUUAAAAAAUGUGACAAUUUACGUAUUUGUUUCUUUUAAUGUUUCGCCAGACAACAGUGAAAUGACUGAUUACUGAUUUUGUGUUUAAAAUUCUUAGAUCAGUUUAUGUUUUGGAUAAUAUAGUCCUAUUAAAGCAUGUAAACUUGUUAUUCAUAUUGUACAAUAUAAGCUCAACAGUCACUGUUGAUACAUCCCAAACUCAUUCAUUUAAAUAUUCAAUAUUCCAAAGUAUUAGUAUUCGAAGUUGAGUUUAGUAUAAUAAAUAAACUAUUUGUAUUAAAAAGUUUGAAUAUUUGCACAGGCCUAGUUAUAAGUAAACUUCAGUGACGUAUAUUGAUUUUCUGCAACUUUGUGCACGCGUACUCAUUUAAUUGUGCAUGGUGAGCUGGGCUUAUGCUUGUUUCAGGGACUAGGAGAGGUCCUUAAAGUACUUAUAAGCAAUAAUUAUUUCACAAUAUUGUUUCUCAUUGAAAUAAAUUAAUAUUUGAUAAAAACAACUAGUUAUUUUUGUGCCAGAGAUUGAACGCUGUGUGAUUGUUAGGUGGUGGGAUAGGUUAAAAUUUAAUUUUGGUCCAAACAAAAAAAGAAUAUAUACAAACACACGCACCUCCAAAUAAUGAAUUUUAUCUAGGAACUAUAGGUCUUGGAACUUAAGUUGACUUAGUGUACAAUGUUGUUAAGUUUAAAAUGUAGGACUUUGACUAAAAUACAUUAUUAAAGAAAGACAAAUGGGCCAAAAACAGGAAAAGGUCCCUCACUGGCUUCGAGGUACGCUUAUGGUCAUAGGGUCACUAUAUUAUCGGAAUACCCCAAUAUCAAUUACAUUCAUGUGUACUGAGUCAUAAAUCAGAGCCCAAUAUUAUUUUGGAGGUCCGGUUGUCUUUCUCUAUUCAUAACUGUGCAACAUAACAUUCUAACCUUUUACCUUUUGCUUACUGGGUCUUCUUGAUAGGUUGAGUUGUACUUGUCUAAGAAAGUUUCACAAACAAUUUUCAAUGGACAUGAAAUAUAUCACAGAUCAAUGGCAUUGUUUUGAUUGAUUGCAGGUAUGUUUGUAGUUCUCCAGUAAUCUUUUUUGUACAUCAUGAGGUGCAUUGUAAGCUGCAAAUAGCUGUCUUUGAGAUUAGUGGUACAACAUUGAAACAAGCAAAAUAUUGUCUAGCCUCAAACUAUUUCACUAGAAUAAUUCUUGAUGGCGUAGCUUGCUGUUUGCCAACCUCUGUCUUCUGGAUGACCACUUAGUACGCUAAACCAUAUUGAUGGGCAAGAGAACAUUAGUGGUCUCGGUUGAGGACCAGUGGCUGGGUUCAGGCAGGAUGCCACAACUUGGCUUCUCAAGCAGUGGCGUGUGGUGGCUUCACGCCGAGUGCGCAGGAGGGCUGUGCGUUGUCUCCAUCUGCCUCGUCAUGUACACACUGGCACAAGUGUUCCUAUAUGGUUAGUGUUGUAUUUCAAACAUUUAUUCUUUACCUAUAAAGCACAUUUAUUUUAACAUGUUUAUCUUAUUGUCAAUGUUAAGUGCUUAACUUUAGCUUUAGUUUCUGCAUGUUACUUAAAAAUAUGAUGCACUGUUGAUGUGAUAUUCUUGAGGGCCAGAUUGUAGCUUAUAUUUUCCUUUCUGUGUUCUUAGCAAAGUGUUUUUGUUGAGAGGUGUUACUUGCUAGACUUUGCACUUUAUCAGUAUUAUUAGUUAUACAUUUCAAUGAAGCUUAGUGAAUAGUUUUAUGCUUUGUUACUCUGUGAUAGAAGAAUUUAUAAAUAUGUGUUUGUACUUGUGUGAGUCUGCCAAGAAACCUGAUAUUUUAUUUGUAAGUCUUGCACAAAAUGUUUUUUGUACUAAUUUAAACUUUGGUCAUUUUAUUCAGUUAACUGUGUCAUAAAAUAACAGACUAAUGUAAAAAAUAUCUGGAUAUGGAAAGGUAUGUACACAAUAUCUUUAUUUAGUUGGAAAAUAGCAGUUCUUGGAAACACUCAAAUGUUUGUGCUAAUGAUGUCCACAAGUAAAGUGUAUUUGCAUAGAAACAAAUAUAUUUUCAUUUGAAUGUGCCUUGUUUUCAUUAUAAAAAAAAUAUUUUACUAUUUUACUAUUAUUUGCUAUUUAUGGUGUCAUGAUGUGUAGUUUUAUAGAGACCACUCUUAUCAGCAAUAAAACUAUAUCCUAACCAUUGUUA